AUGAGCUGCUUCUCCGCCAGCAACAUCAGCAAAGCCGCCCCUUUCAUGAUGGCGUUGGACCAGCAGCUAUAUCAACCUUACAGUCCACGGACGCCUCUGAUUAUGCCGCCCUCGCAGAAAGACGAGGCAUUUCACGCAGCCAAGCGAGAGCAAGACGGCGGCCCUGGCGACGAGUCCGACGUUGACAACUACUUCGAAAUCCCGUACGAUGCCAACGAAACCCGAGCGGCGCGGUCCCCGGAAAUUAUGGAGGAGGAAGAAAACGAACCCGAAAUAACUCAACGAGAAAGGGACGUCGCAAAGGCAUGCACUUUUCUAGAAGGCUUCAUCGAGGAGCGAUGGGAAUCGCAGUGGCAGUCGGGAUACAUCAAGAUCGACUGCGACUUGACCUUGGAUGAGAUCAAAGAGCUUGGCCGACUACGCAGGGCAGAAGGCACUAGAGAAUGCCGAAAGCUCGUCACUGCUCCAGUAAUUCACGAUGCUAUUGGCCAUGCUCUUUGGCUUGAGAUGGCAAACGAGGUUGCUGGGCACGAGACGACGACACAACUCGUCAAUACGAACCUGACCGCAAUGGAAAAGAAGGAGGAGACACCAAGACCUUCGGCCAUCAAGUGGUCGAGCGAGCAGGAGGUGGUCGAACGCAGAGCAAGAUCGAUGAGGAGGCGAGCUACGGAGAGCGAAGUGUCUACUGAGCCGAUGGCUUCCUUGAACCACUCAGUCCCGCCCACCACGGAUCGUGUAAGGCGAAAGAGCGAAAUGCCGACGCUUCGGCCCAAUCAGAUCAUGUGCACGACUUGCGGUAGCCGUGCGAUGCCCGACUACAAGUCCGACGAGGAAGAUGGUCAGACCGACGAGGACGAGGACGAAGACGCGGACUUGAACACCCCGCAAGAGAAUGGCGACACUGAAGUACAGGAGACCAACGGCACGGAGAGGCAAGUGAAAAAGCGGAGCAGCAUUUCCAGGCGGUUGUCCCUCAAGGUGAACCGGACUCUGACAAAGUUCGGUGAGGGCCUCGCGCCUGGCUACAUGUACGCCGGUGGCGCGGGCGGCCGGGUGCUCAGUUGA